UUAAAAACACAUCAGAAGUACAGAGGAACGUAUCCCGGAAAUAUUAACCGUUUUAAAUAGAUGCCGAUGAAUAAACUUACGGAGGACUGAGAAUUUUUUUUCUAUUAUUAUUACAACAUUGUUUUGGAAGUGAACAAUCAUUCAGCAUGGAUAUAUCCUCUGAUGAAGCUGAAGACUGGUUUAUGGAGUCUCUAAACACAUACAAAGACCUGCAUCUAUUUCAGCUGGAGCAUCCGACAAAAUUAAUAGAGUGGACGGGUGACAAAAGUAUUUGUGUUGCAGGAUACACAGGAGCAAAAAGUGAAAUCUUAGAGUUACUCCUGCCUCUUAAGUUAUAUGCAGGCGACAACCAGGGUCUUUGUGCAGAAAGAGACUUCAAAGUACAGCAUGGUGGCUUUUCAGAGGAACCUGUUGAGUGUUUGAUACAUAUCCCUGGAACGAGGUGUUUGGUGACUAGUGGAAGUUCUAGUUCGACGUUGCAGAUUUGGGAUAUUGGAGGCGAUGAUAGUGAUGUUAUAAAAAGGUCUGGAGUCAUAAACCUCAAGAGCACAUCAGCAAAAGGCAUUAAAAUAGCUCCUGGACUGAUAGAUGAUCCAACAGUUCUUCAUGGGUCUUGUAUAAGUGAUGUUCAGCUGACAGAGAUAGCAACAGGACGGGUUCUGUAUACAGUUGGAAAUGAGUCCUUAGAUUCAGUGAGUGGCUUACGGUUUGUGAAUGCUCGUGUGUUUCUCAUUUGUGCGAGCAAUGGCACUCUGCUCAUGGGAGACACAAGAGACCCCUCAACUGCUCGUUAUCCUCUGGAAGAGAGUAAGAGUGGUUUGCACUGGUCAUUUGGGUUGAGGAGUGACGGCUCCCAGUCCGAACCUUCUACUGUAGCAAGACUCUCGUCCACCGGUCACAUUCUGCUGUCAGAUCUAAGAGAUUUACAGAGUCCAUUUUGUCAAACCCGACUGAACGUCCAGCAAAGUCCACCAAAUAAUGACUUUCUGAACAUUUCUUGGGCUCCUGUGCUUGACAGCUGUCUGUCUGUGUCUGGGUUUGAUGGAACAGUACAUAUUUAUGACACAACAAAUUGGAGCACAGAAGUUCAGAGCCCUCAGCCAAUUUUCUCACACAGAGGUCAUGAUAUGUCACAUGAUGCGAAAUACAGUGGAUCCCCAGCUGUUGUCACCACUCAUUCUUGGCAUCAGUCACGACCAAAAACUCUUCUCUCAGCAGCUACCGAUGGAUCUCUACAUGUAUGGGACUGGGUGGACAAAAUCACUGACAGAUGAUAAUUAGAGAAAACUGUUCUGUGUUACAUGCAUAAACUGUUCUUGAUACACUUCUGUAUGUGAAUUAAUAUCAAACAAUUCAAAAACAAUGUCUUUUUUUACAAUGACUAUUAAGUCAAUAAACUAUAUAAUUACACAACUCUCUGGAAAACUUUGUUUCAUAAAACAAAAUAGUGAAAAUGACCUGUCAUCAUUCAAUCUACUCACCUGUUUAUUCUCCCACUCUCUGCCACCACCUGCAAUAAUAAACCUUUGUGAACUGUA